CACUUAUAUUGCUCGUUGAAUGAUCCAUGAAUGAAUGAUCCAUGAUAUUCUGUAUGCGAUCCGCAGCCUGCUUGGCCUUUUGUGCCAUGCUAGAGAUUCAUCAAAUUCUGCUUCCUCCUCCCUUUCCAGUUUUAAUUUUCCCAUACGGCGAAUCAAAAACCAGGUAGUUCCUUUCCUAGUGUUUGUUGUGCACCUGUAGGAAAGAAUUUCAAUAAGAAGUUUUUUUACAAAUGGCUUUUGACUUACUUUUAAUCAGAUCACUCCGUACAACGCAAGACAAUGUUGUCCAAAAUAAGGCACAUUGCCUGGCAAUAUAGCAUUAACUCGAUUUUCCAAACUGACAGCCCUAUCUGUCUAUCUCUCCCUCUGUCUGACAGUCAGAAAAAUGCCCGAGACUUCGGAAAAUGCGAAUAGACGCUCAGAUCAUGUGGCUAAUUAUUGUGUUGUCCUCGCUCCUGGGAUCUGCCACUGGCAGCCACUAUCGAGCACGCCGGAAACCCAUGCAGCUGAUGGAUCGUAUGGGUAUGGCUGGUGAUGGUGGUGGUGGUGGUGAUAGAGCUGUGUGCGAAAUGCCGGAGAAGAAGCCGAUGAGAGUUCACGGUAAUGCCAAGCAAAGGGGCUCCGGCAUAGCCAUGCAGGCUGCCAAUGAGGCGAGAAAGGCCAACGAGGACAUGGCAACGGCUGUGAAGGUGGCCGCCGAUAAAAUCAAAAACGAAUACGCCGACAAGGCGGCCGCGGCCUCCAAAGCCGCCGAAGCAGUGUUAGCGGGGAAGGCUCAGUUGCUGGAGCAACUGGAAGCGGAGGUUCGCGAGGGUGAAAUGGUGGUGCAGGAGGAGAACCAAGAGCUGAUCACCGCCGAGGCGAAUGCUCAGCUGGCCAUGAAGGCCCACAACCUGGCCCUGCAGGAGCUGAAGAUUCUGGCCACCGUUCUUAAAAUAGCCAGAGAAAAUCGGGAAAUUUCGGAUCAAGUAUACGCCGUGUGGCAACAAUCUCAGUCCGACAAAACCGCUCUUUUGGAGGCUGCACAGCGAAGGGUUAGUGUUCUAAUGCGACAAUUAAGCGAAGCUCGCAUAGAUUACGAGAAGACCAAGAAGGCGGCAAACAAUGCAGCCAGAGCCGCCCAAGAAGCCAAGCAGCGUAUAGAGAAUUCGGAAGCCACCGAAAACUGCGAACGCGGCAGAAUCCGACGUGCCUGGCAGUGCAAAGAAAUUCACUGAUAUUUCAUAUACUCAUAUAUUUUACGUAUAAAGAAAACGAGAAAUUGCUUU